AUGAAGAUCCACUUGGCGCCGCUCAACGUCCCUCUGAGGCGAAGACUGCAGACUGCCGCAGUUCUGCAGUGGAUUUUUUCCUUCCUGGGUCUAGCCCAAUGCUGUCUGGCCGCCUUCAUCCUCCUGUCACUCUCCACCUGGUGGAUGUUGGCGUUGCUCUACGCCACCUGGCUGUGGCUCGACUCGGACACGCCCAACCGCGGAGGUCGCAGGUGCGAGUGGAUCCGGCGCUCGAUUGUGUGGGAAUACUUCCGGGACUACUUUCCAAUCAAGCUUGUGAAAACAGUAGACCUGGAAGCUGACAAGAACUACGUAUUUGGAUUCCAUCCGCAUGGCGUGCUGGCCACGGGAGCGUUUGGUAAUUUCUGCACAGAGUCCACGGGUUUCUCCGCUCUCUUUCCCGGACUCAAGUCUCACCUGCUCAUGUUGCCCUUCUGGUUCCGAGUGCCGAUCUUCAGGGACUACAUCAUGAGCGGAGGUCUGGUAUCAAGCUCCAAGUCCAGCCUCUCCUACUUGCUGAGUCGCCCAGAAGGAGGAAACGUUGCAGUCAUCGCGGUGGGCGCCGCCCCGGAGGCACUGGAUGCUCGUCCUGGAGCUUUGACGCUACAGCUGCGGAAAAGGAAGGGCUUCAUCAAACUGGCGUUGAGACAUGGAGCUCAACUGGUUCCGGUCUUCUCGUUUGGAGAAAACGAGCUCUUUGAUCAAGUUCAGAACCCGACCGGCUCUCCUCUCAGGACACUGCAGGACCGGCUGCAAAGCAUCAUGGGAAUAUCGAUGCCUCUGUUCAACGGUAGAGGAAUCUUCCAGUACAGUUUCGGGCUGCUGCCGCACAGGAAAGCCAUCCUGACAGUUGUGGGGACGCCCAUCCAGGUGGCGGCCACACCGAACCCUACUAGCGAGGACAUCGACGCUCUUCAUGAAGUUUACUUGGAGCACCUGAGCGAGCUGUUUGAGCGACACAAACAUGAAUACGGGCUGCAGGAGCACCAACACCUGAACUUCAUCUGA